AUGUCCAAAGCGACGUUGGCCGUGAUCGCGGCCGCCAGUGCUGCCACCGGUGCUGGUGUCACUGCCAUCCUCUAUUCCUCCAAGCCGAAGGCCCAGCAGCAGCAAUCGCAGCCACUGCCUCCUCCGACUCCAACUACAACUGCCGUGAAAGUUCCCGUGACAGUUGCGCCUCCAACCCUCGCUGCGAAAGUCGCCGGCGGCCCUGUCGACCCUGCUGGUGUUCUCCAGUAUGGUUUCCCUGGCCCCGUCGCCGACGAGCUCAAUACACUACCGCUCCAUGGAGCUUUCGACCGCCGCACCCGCAAUCCCUCCUGGGUCGCUGAGCACAUCACCGCCGAAUCCCUAGCGCUUAACGAAGCAGACCGCAAGCAUAGUGCUUUCGCUGAGGAUUUGACAAUCCCGCCCAUGUUCCGUGCUAAGCUAUCCGACUACUUCCGCUCUGGCUACGACCGCGGCCACCAGGUGCCAGCCGCCGACGCCAAAUGGUCCCAAGAGGCUAUGGACGACACCUUCGCCCUUAGCAACAUGUGCCCCCAGGUUGGUGAAGGUUUCAACCGUGACUACUGGGCUCACUUCGAGGACUUCUGCCGUAACCUCGCCAAGUCCCGCCGUUAUCCCUCCGUCCGCAUCGUGACCGGUCCUCUCUAUCUCCCGCACCGCGACCCGGACGGGAAAUGGCGCGUCAGCUACGAAGUUAUCGGCAAUCCUCCCAAUGUCGCUGUGCCCACUCAUUUCUAUAAGGUUAUAUACGCCGAGGACGGCUCCAACUCUCCAUACAGUAAGGUUGCGGUUGGUGCGUUUGUCUUGCCCAAUGCUCGCAUCUCCAACGAAAAGAGCUUGUCAGACUUUGAGGUACCUCUCGAGGCUGUCGAACGUGCUUCAGGCCUGGAGUUUGCUGCUAAGCUCGAUCCUGGCCGUCGCCGCCGACUUUGCCAGGAGGUUCGUUGUGAGAUUACCGUUCGGGAGUUUAACAACGCCAAGAAGAAGAUCUCGGGAUAA